AACUGUCACCGACGGUCGAUAAGCCUUUCCGCGUUUGGCCAAUACCCAAAGAUUGAAGAAGAAGCAGCUCCACCUUCUCUGUAUUCCAGUGUUCACACAGACCACAAUUGAGCUUGCUCCAAGAUCUAUUCUCAACUAAAUGCCACUCACUUCGCAAACCUAAAACCCCAAGUGUGAGAUCAGAGAUCUGAAAUUCUCCGUCUCCAUUUGGAUUUUUUGGAAAUGGCGCUUCGUUUUCACUUCACCGCAUUCUCUCUGAUCCUCCUCCUUUUCCCUCUGCUCCUCCACGCCAAAACCCUGAAACGUGACAUGAAAGCAUUGAACGAGAUCAAGGCUUCGCUCGGCUGGAGAGUAGUCUACGCCUGGGUCGGAGACGAUCCCUGCGGCGACGGCGAUCUUCCGCCCUGGUCCGGCGUCACUUGCUCCACUCAAGGCGAUUACCGAGUCGUCACUGAGUUGGAGGUUUAUGCAGUCUCAAUUGUUGGGCCUUUUCCUACUGCCGUCACCAAUCUCUUGGAUCUCACUAGGCUGGAUCUCCAUAACAACAAGUUAACGGGGCCUAUCCCUCCUCAGAUUGGACGAUUGAAGCGCCUGAGAAUACUUAACUUGAGAUGGAAUAAGCUACAAGAUGUCAUUCCUCCUGAGAUUGGUGAACUGAAGAGUUUAACCCAUUUGUAUCUAAGCUUCAACAGUUUCAAAGGGGAAAUUCCUAAGGAGCUUGCUAAUCUACCAGCUCUUCGCUAUCUCUAUCUGCAAGAAAAUCGUCUUAUUGGGCGAAUUCCACCAGAACUAGGAACUCUGCAAAAUCUUCGGCACUUGGAUGUCGGCAACAAUCAUUUGGUGGGUACUAUUCGGGAACUCAUACGCAUUGAGGGCUGCUUUCCGGCUUUGCGUAACCUUUACCUAAACAACAAUUAUCUUACGGGAGGAAUUCCAGCUCAGCUUGCCAACUUGACCAACUUGGAAAUCUUGUACCUGUCUUACAACAAGAUGUCUGGGAUUGUUCCAUUAGCAAUAUCCCAUAUUCCUCGAUUGACUUACUUGUACUUGGAUCACAAUCAGUUUUCGGGGAGAAUUCCUGAUGCCUUCUAUAAACACUCAUUCUUGAAAGACAUGUAUAUUGAAGGGAAUGCAUUCAAGCCUGGUGUAAAACCGAUAGGCAUACACAAAGUUCUUGAGCUCACUGACACGGAAUUCCUGGUCUAGUCAAGAUAUCAAGAUAUUUUUUAUUUAUUUACCAAUUGUGUUAACGUACUGCCCAAACAAGGGUUCAUAUAUUGUCUGAAUGGAAAGGAAAUAUGUGUCGAUGAAUUUUUGCCGUCACUUAGAUGUAUCCAUGUUGCCAACUUUCCAACAAGUUGCCUAUAUGUGUAAAUUGUAUCUGAGCUUCAUAGUAGUUGAAAUAUCCAGAUUAACAAGGCAAACAAUUUCAUUUGUUGUCA